CCCCCCAAAAAAAAAAAAAAGACACACUACAAAAAUAUGGUGAUGAAACAAUCUCCACUUUUCAUUACAUUACUAAUUGCUACCGUCUACAUGGUGAGUUGCAUGGCUGCUGUAAACCCAGCAACGGCAACAGGUGAAGAACCCAUUCUUGAGUUCUACAUGCAUGAUAUUUUAGGUGGUGGUAGCCCCACAGCUAGGCCAAUCACUGGUUUACUUGGCAACAUUUAUGGUGGUCAAGUCCCUUUUGCUAAGCCAGUUGGGUUCUUACCACCCAACGGUGCCGUCCCGAUCCCCAACGCAAAUGGUGCUAUCCCAACCGUUAAUGGUGUCACUGGUCUUCCGUUGGGGACCGGUUUAGCCGGGACGGCUUUUGCGGGAAACCCUAACCAGAAUGGUCAGCCUCAGUUCCCUGUAGGACCGGAUGGAUUGGGAUUAGGGUUCGGGACGAUUACCGUCAUCGACGAUGUGUUAACCGUUAGCCCUGACUUGGGGUCUCAAGUAAUAGGGAAAGCUCAAGGGGUUUAUGUGGCAAGCUCGGCUGAUGGGACAACACAAAUGAUGGCGUUCGCGGCGAUGAUCGAAGGUGGUGAAUAUAACGAUAACCUUAACUUUUACGGUGUGUACAAGAUCGGGAGCACCGUGUCUCAAGUGUCGGUGAUCGGCGGCACCGGGAAGUUUAAGAAUGCUUGUGGUAUUGCUGAGGUCCGACCACUUAUACCACCUGGGCAACAUGUUACUGAUGGUGCUGAAACAUUGUUGAGGGUCACUGUCCAUCUUAAAUACUAGGGUUUGCAUUAUUACAUAUACUUGUUUUGAAAAUUUUAUGUGUGUGAUUGUGUGAAAAAAAAGUUAACAUAUAUGGGUCUCGUUUGUGAGUUGCAUUAAUCUUUCAGUAUGUAACUUUUACUACUAGGGUUCAAAAUAUUUCUUCUUUAAAUUUCUCACAAUUCCCCUUGUUA